GCUGCGCGUCGCGGUACUGCAGCGGCGGAGGCACCAGCUAUAGCAGCGGAGCCCAUCGCGACCCGACCCGACCCGACCCGACCCGACUCGCUUUACACAAUGUCUGUCAAGGAGCAUCUGAUUCACACCGUUCACAAGGAAGAGCAUGGUCAUGCCCACAACAAGAUUACUGUUGUUGGGGUUGGUGCAGUUGGCAUGGCUUGUGCAGUCAGCAUCCUGAUGAAGGAUUUGGCUGAUGAACUGGCUCUUGUUGAUGUCGUGGAGGACAAGUUGAGAGGAGAGAUGCUGGAUCUCCAGCAUGGCAGCCUUUUUCUAAAGACGCCAAAAAUAGUCUCUAGCAAAGACUACAGUAUGACUGCAAACUCCAAGCUGGUUAUCAUCACAGCUGGUGCUCGUCAACAGGAAGGGGAAAGUCGCCUUAACCUGGUCCAGCGCAAUGUGAAUAUCUUCAAAUUCAUCAUUCCCAAUGUUGUCAAAUACAGCCCUGACUGCAAACUGCUCAUUGUCUCAAAUCCAGUGGAUAUUUUGACCUACGUGGCCUGGAAGAUCAGUGGCUUUCCCAAACAUCGUGUUAUUGGUAGUGGCUGCAACCUGGAUUCUGCCCGUUUCCGCUAUCUCAUGGGAGAAAAACUGGGCGUCCAUUCUCUGAGCUGUCACGGAUGGAUUGUUGGAGAGCACGGUGAUUCUAGUGUACCUGUCUGGAGUGGGGUGAAUGUUGCUGGUGUUUCCCUGAAGGCUUUGCACCCUGAGUUGGGAACUGAUGCAGACAAGGAACACUGGAAGGAGAUUCACAAGCAGGUGGUGGACAGCGCUUAUGAGGUAAUCAAGCUGAAGGGAUACACAUCAUGGGCUAUUGGUCUCUCUGUAGCAGACUUGGCUGAAACUGUUAUGAAGAACCUAAGAAGGGUGCACCCAAUUUCUACCAUGGUUAAGGGCAUGUAUGGAAUAAAAGAUGAUGUCUUCCUAAGUGUCCCUUGUGUGUUGGGAUACCAUGGCAUUACAGACGUAGUGAUGAUGACUCUGAACAGCGAGGAGGAGGAGAAGUUAAGGAAGAGUGCAGAUACACUUUGGGGAAUCCAGAAGGAACUGCAGUUUUAAAUGUAAUGUCCUAGCACUGUUAACAGUCUAAUGGGUUUAGUGAAUUAAUCUAUGUUGCACUUUGAGUAGGUCAGCUCCUUUUAUGUACUAAUUAGAAACACACAGAAAGCUGAAAUCUGAGCUCAUAUUUGAGCUGGAAGAUGUAUCCUAGGGUUUUUCCUGUUCACCAAAGCCCAGGUUUAUAGCCAGAGGUGGAUCACAACCUAGUCCUAUACCGUUAAGUGAUGAAAAAUAAAUCCAGCAUUCUGUAAAGCAGCACUGCCCUGUCAAACACCUUGCCUUUUUCCCCCUCAGCUAAGAGCUUAAUGUCAGUUCAGAAGAACAUGCAACUUCUUACACUGUUACACAACUGCAAAGCCAAAGAAUAUUCUCUUGUAAUCAAAAAGCAUUGGCAAGCAGACUCUGACCAGUGUUCCCUGCUGACUGGUAGCUUCCCAGUUUUUCCUAUUAGCAGGUAUUCUCAGCAGUUUUUGUGCUUAUCCUUCCUAGAGAACCUUAUUUUUGUGUACAGUACCAAAGUAGCUAUAAACAUUUCCUAGAUAUGUAAUAAAAUAAAAACCCAGGACUUCUGUAUGCAACCAAGGCAGCCUCAAAUGUCCAGCUGUAGUACCAGCCUACACACCAAAUAAAUUACAAACUCUUA